GUCGUCCUUCACUGUUUUGACAACAUGGGGGACGAAUAUCCAGGUCUUUUUCGCUCGGAGACGAUGAGCUUGGUGCAGAUGAUCAUUCCAACUGAAGUCGCACACGAUACCAUUGCAGAGCUGGGAGAGCUUGGUGACGUUCAGUUCAAAGAUUUGAACCCUAAUGUCAACCCGUUCCAACGCUCUUAUGUUGGCGAAAUUCGCCGCAUUGAUGAGAUGUCUCGUCGUGUCCGUUUCUUCACAACGCAAAUCCAGAAAGAGAAGCAGACAAUUCCUAUUCGACCUCUCUAUGACUGCUUGCCCCUCACCACUGUUGGACCUCGUGCUGCGCAGACCAUUGACGAACUUGAUACGAAGCUGACCGAACACGAGUCGAGGCUCGUCCAGAUGAAUGACUCGUACCAGCAACUUUGCGAGCGCACGAAGGAGCUUGUUGAGGCUCGCCACGUCUUGCGCGAAACCGCUGUCUUUUUCGAUGCGGCUGCGCAGGCUCAGCCUGAGAUUCGCAGCUCUUUCGACGAUAGUUCUGCACCGCUACUGCAGCACGAUGACCGCGAAGCUCAGUACUCGGGCAACGUCCAGUUCGACCUUGAGUUCGUCGCAGGUACCAUUGAGCGUUCUCGGCUGCCCACCUUCGAACGCGUCCUCUGGCGUGUUCUUCGUGGUAACCUUUACAUGAACCAUACCGACAUCCAGGAGCCGUUCGUCGAUCCUGCCACUGGUGCUGAGACGCGUAAGAAUGUCUUCAUUAUCUUCGCGCACGGUGACGUUUUGCUCGCGAAGAUUCGUAAAGUCGCAGAGUCUAUGGGUGCGACUAUUUACCCCAUUGACUCCAACGCUGACAAGCGAGCGGAUGCUCUGCGCGAGGUGACCCAACGUCUCGAAGACCUUCAAGUCGUACUCUAUAACACUGGCAAUAAUCGUCGCAUGGAGCUGGUCACCGUUGGUGAGAGCUUGGCGAGCUGGCAGGACGUCGUCAGGAAGGAGAAGAUGAUCUACGAGACGCUGAAUCUGCUCAACUACGAUGUUCGUCGCAAGACGCUCAUCGCUGAGGGCUGGUGCCCUACCCGCGAUAUCGCGAUGAUACAGGUUGCUCUGCGUCAUGCUACGGAGGAGUCUGGUACAAACGUCCCGCCGAUUUUGCAUGAGCUGAAGACGAACAAGAAGCCGCCCACCUUCCAACGCACGAACAAAUUCACUGAGGCCUUCCAGACUAUCAUGGACAGCUACGGUAUUGCCACUUACCAAGAAGUCAACCCUGGUCUCUUUGCCGUCAUCACCUUCCCCUUCUUGUUCGCCGUCAUGUUCGGUGAUAUUGGUCACGGCACCAUCAUCUUCCUCGCUGCUGUCUGGAUGAUCUUGAGGGAGAAGCAGUGGGCAAAAGCAGACCUUGGAGAGAUUAUCGGUACCUUCUUCUAUGGUCGUUAUAUCAUCCUGCUCAUGGGCGCGUUCUCUAUCUACACUGGUUUCAUAUACAACGAUAUUUUCUCCAAGACGCUUCACCUGUUCCACUCUGGCUGGGACUUCUCUGAGAACUCUGGAAACCGAGCCGCUGUGCCUAAUGGUCAUGUUUAUCCCUUCGGUCUGGACCCUGGCUGGCACGGUGCGGAGAACGCACUCAUUUUCACCAACUCGUACAAGAUGAAGAUGUCCAUUGUUCUCGGUGUCAUCCACAUGACUUUCGCACUGUGCUUGCAAGUGCCGAAUCACAUUCGUUUCAACCGUAUCUCGGAUAUCUACACGAACUUCAUUCCUCAGAUGCUCUUCCUGCAGUCCAUUUUUGGCUACCUGGUCUUGUGCAUCCUGUACAAGUGGAGCGUGGAUUGGGAGCAGUCGCCCACGGCGCCGCCAUCCCUGCUCAACAUGUUGAUCGGGAUGUUCCUGUCGCCUGGGUCCGUAGAACCUGACUCACAGCUCUACCGCGGUCAAGGUCCCAUUCAGACGAUUCUGCUUCUCAUUGCGUUGGUCUGCGUUCCCUGGCUUCUCGUGGCGAAGCCGUAUCUACAAUACCAAGAGAUGAAGAAGAUCAAGGGCCAAGGAUAUAUCGGGCUAGGAGGGGAAGAUACGAUCGGCGAGCAUGCGACAGACGAGCAGCUCGAGGGCGAAGAAGAAGGUAACGGCAGGGCUGCAACAGAAGAUGCGCAGGAGGAUGAGGAACAUCACGAUUUCAGCGAGGUUGUGAUCCACCAGGUGAUCCAUACCAUCGAGUUCUGCCUCGGAUGCAUCUCGCACACCGCGUCUUACCUCCGACUAUGGGCGCUAUCGCUCGCACAUGCCCAACUUUCCGAGGUUUUGUGGGACAUGACUCUCGCAUCUGUCCUCGGCGUCGGAGGUAUUAUUGGAAUUGUCGGGCUGGCAGCAGUCGGCGUGAUGUGGUUCGUCCUCACGGUCUUCAUCCUGUGUAUCAUGGAGGGUCUCUCUGCCUUCUUGCACGCGCUUCGUCUCCAUUGGGUGGAAGCGAACAGCAAGCACUACCAGGCGGGCGGAUAUCAAUUCCAACCGCUCAGCUUCGCAGAUGUGAGCGAGGAUUAAUGACUGCAACAUCGAUGCGCCUGGUAAUUUCAGCGAUGUGUAAGCGAGUAGCAUGUUCAAUAUACUGCCGAUGGUGCACGGCAAC